GCGUUACUUAAAUGGCUCCUGCAAAGAAGGGUGGUGAGAAGAAGAAGGGACGCUCUGCCAUCAAUGAGGUGGUAACUAGGGAAUAUACCAUCAACAUUCACAAGCGGAUCCAUGGCGUGGGCUUCAAGAAACGAGCACCGCGUGCUCUCAAGGAAAUCCGUAAAUUUGCGAUGAAGGAAAUGGGUACUCCUGAUGUUCGCAUUGACACCAGAUUGAACAAAGCGGUCUGGGCUAAAGGAAUAAGGAACGUUCCUUACCGUAUCCGUGUGCGUUUGUCCAGAAAGCGCAAUGAGGAUGAAGAUUCCCCAAACAAGCUAUAUACACUCGUUACCUAUGUACCAGUCACAACAUUCAAAGGUCUACAGACGGUCAAUGUGGAUGAAAAUUAAACUGAUUUUCAUUACAAUAAAAGGAUAAAAAGAAAGUUUACUCCUAACUUGGUUUAUUUUAUUGUACAGUCUCCUCAAGCUCUCAUCUGUGAAGUGUUGAGCUGAACAGGUGGCAGACUUAAAUUGGGCUUGUAUGUAAUGGUG